GAACCGAGAAGCGACACGGCCACGAGAUAAACGAGGCCGGCCUCGUCUCCUUUCCCACUCAGUUCGGCCUCGUCUCUCUCUCCGACUCGCGUGCAGGGUUUAGGGUCGCAGUAGCGACUGCACGCGAUCUCCGUCCGUCGCAGGGUAGAGGGCGAGAGAGUCGGACUCAUCGGCAGCAGCUCCUCCCCGCGGGCGAGAUGGAGCUCAAGCCCGGGAUGUCGGCGCUCGUCACCGGCGGUGCCUCCGGCAUAGGGAAAGCACUUUGCAUUGCUUUUGCACAGAAGGGUUUAUUUGUGACUGUUGUUGAUUUCUCAGAAGAAAAUGGAAAAGAAGUGGCUACGUUAGUUCAAAAGGAAAAUAACAAAUUCCAUAGAGAUCUUAGAGUUCCAUCUUCUAUAUUUAUUAAAUGUGAUGUUAGUAAUGCAGAUAAUCUUGCUGCUUCUUUUGAGAAACAUGUACAAACAUAUGGUGGACUAGAUAUCUGCAUCAAUUGUGCUGGAAUUACCAAUGAACCACUAGUUUACAAUGAUACAUCUGAUGGAGCUAGAACAUGGAGGCAUGCUGUAAAUGUGAACCUUGUUGCUGUUAUUGAUGGUACUCGCAUUGCAAGUCAAAUAAUGCGAUCGCAAAAGAAACCUGGUGUCAUAAUAAAUAUUGGUUCAGCGGCAGGCCUUUAUCCUAUGUUUUUUGAUCCCAUAUAUAGUGCGACAAAAGGGGGUGUGGUUAUGUUUACAAGAUCACUUGUUUCGUUGAAACGCCAUGGUAUUCGUGUCAAUGUGCUCUGCCCAGAGUAUGUUCAAACAAAUAUGGGGGAACAAAUGAGCGGCAAAAUUAUAGAUUCUGUUGGUGGUUUUUUGAAGAUGGAGGAUGUUGUUAAUGGUGCACUUGAGCUUAUACAGGAUGAGAGCAAGGCUGGUGCUUGCCUUUGGAUAACGAAACGACGGGGGAUGGAAUACUGGCCAACACCAGAAGAACAAAGAAAGUAUAUGGUAAACCCCAGCAAGUCGAAAAGGAUGCUGACAAAGAACAUAUAUCCCAGCAUCCAAACACCUGAAUUUUUUGAGAAGAUAGUUGUCCACACACUCAGCCAUAAUUUCCGCAAUGCUACAAGACUUGAGCGUGUGCGACUGAGAUUGCCUGUUGAACCACACAGUGCUCUGGUUAAAAUAAUAUAUGCUGGUGUAAAUGCUAGUGAUGUAAACUUCAGCUCAGGACGUUAUUUUAGCGGUAAUCCUAAAGAAACUGCUUCACGCCUUCCAUUUGAUGCUGGUUUUGAGGGUGUGGGAAUUGUUGCCUCUGUCGGAGAUUCAGUGAAGCAUAUCAAAGUAGGCACUCCUGUGGCCCUUAUGACUUUUGGAAGCUAUGCUGAAUUCACGCAGGUUCCAGCCAAACAUCUUCUUCCAGUGCCAAGACCAGACCCGGAGGUUGUUGCUAUGUUGACAUCAGGACUGACUGCUUCAAUUGGUCUUGAAAAGGCGGGCCAAAUGACAUCUGGGAAAGUUGUAUUAGUUACUGCAGCUGCUGGUGGAACAGGACAAUUUGCCGUUCAGCUGGCGAAACUAGCAGGCAACAAGGUUAUUGCCACAUGUGGAGGUGAAAGUAAGGCUGAACUUCUGGCUUCCUUAGGAGUUGAUCGUGUUAUCAAUUACAGAAAUGAAAGCAUCAAAUAUGUUCUGAAGAAAGAGUUUCCAAGAGGUGUAGAUAUCAUAUAUGAAUCUGUAGGUGGGGAAAUGUUCGACUUGUGCUUGAAUGCACUUGCAGUCCAUGGGCAUCUCAUUGUAAUUGGUAUGAUCUCCCAGUAUCAAGGAGAGGAUGGGUGGAAGCCAAAGAAUUACACUGGAUUAUGUGAGAAAAUUCUAGCUAAAAGUCAAACUGUGGCUGGAUUUUUCCUUGUUCAGUAUGCUCAUCUGUGGCAAGAUCAUCUUGACAAAGUUUUUGACCUGUAUGCCUCUCGAAAGCUGAAGGUUUCCCUAGACCCCAAGAUGUUCCUGGGUGUUGCUUCGGUGCCAGAUGCAGUAGAAUAUCUUCAUUCUGGCAAGAGUGUUGGCAAGGUCGUUGUGUGCAUCGAUCCAUCAUACAGUCAGGUUGUUUCUAAGCUAUAACCUAUGGACAAUGACGUGUAUUGUCAUCCACAGAGAUCUGUUUAUAAUCCCAGAGAGAUUAGGAUCCUAUUGGCACAAGGUGAUCUGUGCAACCGUGGGCUAUUGUUCCAAUUCCACCUUGUGUGUAAAACUUGUCUUGGAUAAAAUGGUGUCUCUGCCAGAUUCUUGGAUCAUUCUAAGCAUCGAUGAGGAAAUGAUGACUGAUUCUGGAAUGGAAAGAUGUUCAGCAAAUGGCAGCGUUCUAAGUAAA